AUGAAGCUGCUGGGUCAUUUACUUAGCCUUUGUGGCAGCUUCAGCUCGUCAAGAGAGCCAGGCUCCGCUGCAAGUAAUCAUGCCAUUAUCAGCGUUCAUGACAUUGUCACGGUCCACGGCCUUGCAAGCGUACCCUCUCCCUACCAUCAUCUAUCUUUCUCGUCCUACAGCGUUCUUACGCCGCGAGAUCCAGCUCUUGACGGAUUGAUCUCCGAGCACGACCUCAAUUGCGCCGUCUCCUCGCCCAAUGCCCUGAUUGGCUCACGCCCAAUGGAAAAUGCAGAUGGAGCAUACUUCGACAUUGCCAAUGCGACUUCGAUGGCCGAGGAAGGCCUUCAACCCUAUUUUACGCUGAAGUCAUUCUAUAUCAAGCCAAUGGAUGCACCUGCGCCCGGGACGAAAGUCUCUGUGAAAGGCUACACGAAGGUUCGCGAUGAGCCGUACGUAUGGCAAGUCGAUUUUCCAAGUGGAUUCCAUUUACCCUUCCUGGUCAAGAUGGAAGAAUACAGCGGUGAGGAGUGGAAAGAGAUUUACAAGGUGGAGAUAGUGGCCGACUUCGGGUACGAUGAUUUAGACUGGGAAUUUUGUGUUGAUGAUAUUGAACUGCGAUUCUUCGCACUUCCGGAAGAUGAGAGUGAAAGUCUCAGUCACAGCGGAUCUCAGAUUAUCUCGGGAAAAGGGGCCCAGCGCUAG